CUCGCCGCCCAUUGGCUUCUCUCGCUGGCGGGCGGGGCCAGUGAGCUGCUGGGAGGAGCGGCUGGAAAGGGAACAGCCGCAACAGAGGGGAGAGGAAUAGCGUCAGCGGUGGGGGAGGAGACGCGUGUGCGGAAUAGCAGACCGAGACUGCCCCCGCGGCGGAGGGGGAGCGGCGCGAAGGCGGAACAGCUGCCGAGGGGGGAGGCGCUGUUAGAACGUGCCUGUUCCCGGAAGAGCCCGGUGGUAGCUGCAGAGCAGCGCGAGCGCCCCUGCCUGUUGCCCGGCGGCUGUGUGUGUGUGUGUGUGUGUCCGGGGAUGGGGGGCCUGCUCCCCGCCGCGGGUGGCUCCCUGCUGGCUGGGGCUGAGGCGCCGCGCCCCCGCUGAGCAGCCGAGCUCCCCGGGCCGGGCGGAGAAUGGACCAGCCCCCGGCUGCCCCCUAGCUCCGCAGCCGCCGCUGUGGGGAGGGCUGGGCUGGGCAUGGCCCGGCUGGAGGAGACCAAUGGGCGGCGGAGCUACCCAGGUAGGAUACAGCUUGUUUCCAAGGGAAGACAAAGGCCUUAGUCUUUGGGCUAGUAGGACUAGCCUAAUCUUUUCAAGCCCUGAAAAUACAACAAAAUAGCCACAAUAAACAAGUCUUGGGGAAAGCACAGGACAAGUUAAAUCCCACAAUCUUGUUACCAAUUGGACCAAGAUGACUGAUGUAAAUGUAUCCAACUCCUUAAAUGGUUUGAGCUUGAUGGGAAUUCUGGACACCAAAGUGGGCAACAGUAUCCAGAAUCUUCAAAACUUGAAUUCAAGGGCCCCAAGAGCACUCUCUUUGCCUGAGUAUGGACCUAGCCAGCACUCUAGUUCUUUAGAAGAUAGCCAUAGCCUUAAAUCUGUAGAUUCUGGUAUUCCAAUUCUAGAAAUAGGGAAUCCGGAGCCUGUUCACUGCAGUGUAUUAAAUAUGAAGAGAAAACAGUCUGAGUCAGAAAUCAUGCCUGAGAGAACUUUUCAGAGUGCAUGCAUGCUGCUGUCUUAUGUGCCUCCACUUUCUUUGGAUGCUGAACAUGAACACAGUGUACGAAAGUCCUCAACUUUUCCAAGAACUGGAUAUGACACGGUGAAACUAUACAGUCCAACUUCCAAAGCUCUGAACCGAAGUGAUGAUAUCUCAGUCUGUAGUGUGUCUAGUCUCAGCACAGAACUGUCAACAACUUUAUCUGUUAGCAAUGAGGACAUUUUGGACUUCAUGGUCACAAGCAGCUCAAGUGCAAUAGUGACCCUGGAGACUGAUGAAGUGCAGUUUUCAGAUGUUACAUUGAAUUCCACUAAGGAGACCAAUGAUCAAAGCCAGCAGGCGUAUUGUCAAGAAGCAGAUGUGGACAGUAAGUUGAAAAUAUUGGGACCCUUCUCUAGCUUCUUUGCCAGGAAUUUGUUUACUAGAAAACAAAACACAAGACUGGAGAAACAAAAUGAUUUGAGCUGGAAGUUAUUUGGAAAAGUACCUCUGAGAGAGAAUUCACAGAAAGAUCCAAAGAGAAUACAGAAGGAAUAUGAAGAAAAAACUGGACGAGCUCACAAGCCACUCUCUCCUAAACAGAAUGUGAGGAAAAAUCUUGACUUUGAACCCCUCUCCACCACAGCGCUUAUUCUAGAAGACAGGCCAGCGAACCUCCCUGCAAAACCAGCAGAAGAAGCACAGAAACAUAGACAACAGUACGAAGAAAUGGUGAUGCAAGCAAAAAAAAGAGAGCUUAAAGAAGCCCAGAGGAGAAAGAAACAACUGGAAGAACGAUGUAGAUUGGAAGAAAGCAUUGGCAAUGCAGUUUUAAUUUGGAACAAUGAAAUCUUACCCAACUGGGAAACAAUGUGCUGCUCCCGUAAAGUUCGAGAAUUGUGGUGGCAAGGUAUUCCUCCAAGCGUGAGAGGCAAAGUCUGGAGCUUGGCAAUCGGCAAUGAGUUAAAUAUCACCCAUGAACUCUAUGAUAUUUGCUUGGCUCGUGCCAAAGAGAGGUGGCGAUCAUUCAGCACAGGAGGCUCUGAAGGAGAAUGUGAAGAUGCUGGAUUUUCUGCAGCAGACAGGGAAGCAAGUCUGGAAUUAAUAAAACUGGAUAUUUCUAGAACAUUUCCCAAUCUCUGUAUUUUCCAGCAAGGUGGUCCUUACCAUGACACGUUGCACAGUAUUUUAGGCGCCUAUACGUGUUACAGACCUGAUGUUGGCUAUGUUCAGGGCAUGUCAUUCAUAGCUGCAGUGUUGAUCUUGAAUUUGGAUACUGCAGAUGCCUUCAUUGCUUUUUCUAACCUUCUGAAUAAACCCUGUCAGAUGGCAUUUUUUCGAGUGGACCAUGGCCUUAUGUUGACCUAUUUUGCAGCAUUUGAGGUCUUUUUUGAGGAAAAUCUGCCAAAGUUAUUUGCUCACUUCAAAAAAAAUAACUUGACUCCUGACAUCUAUCUUAUUGAUUGGAUAUUCACAUUGUACAGCAAGUCUUUGCCACUAGACCUUGCAUGUCGUGUCUGGGAUGUGUUCUGCCGGGAUGGAGAGGAGUUCCUAUUCCGUACAGCCUUGGGAAUAUUAAGACUUUUUGAAGAUAUUUUGACCAAAAUGGACUUUAUUCACAUAGCCCAGUUCCUAACAAAGUUACCAGAGGACUUGCCUUCAGAAGAAUUCUUCACAUCUAUAGCUGCGAUUCAGAUGCAAAGUAGAAACAAAAAGUGGGCUCAGGUACUGGUUGCACUGCAGAAAGACAACCGGGAAGUGGAAAGAGGAAGCCCUUCACUCAAACACUGAAACUAUGGUUGCCUCAAAUUGACAUUCAAGGGAAAAGAAUCUGAAGUGGCAAAUGUAUGUCAAGAUGAACUCAAUACCUAGAGCUGCAAAUAAGUGUGUUGUUUUGAGUUUUGUUUAGCACUGGAAUUGGCCUUAAAGAAAAAAUGGAAAAGAAAAACUUUUUAAGUAACAAAACCAAGGCUUAGCCUUAAGAAGCUUACUGGAAUGAGUGCUGUGGACAGCAUUAUGCAUUCUGCACUUUUAAUGAAGGCAAUGAAACCAGGCAAUUUUAAGCUUGCCUUUUUUAAUUUCAGUGUAAGUAUUUUUAAAUACUGGUAAUUGGUAACAGUGUGAGUUGCUUUGAAAGCUACUCCCCAGUUUGAUUCUUAACCAGAAUAUACAUGCAUAAGAGUAGGUGGAUUUGGAGAACCUGUUCAGUACCUGGUGCUGGAGUUUAUAGUAAAGUGAGGUAAGGAUCACUUUCUUAGAAAUGUCCCCUAUUUUUAAAAGCUAUAGGCCUCAUUUACCAAAGAGACUGUGAAAGUAAAAUAGAACUACAUUCCAGCCCAUUAACUGAAACAAAGACCAAACAAAAACACCCCGGUAAGUUGGAAAUACACUUAAAAACUAGGGAGGGAGGAGUCAGACUAGCAGUACAGCAACAUGGUCCAUUUUCAACCUGCAUUGCAACAGUGUUUCCCAAUAUGGAUGCAUUGGGAAAGUGCCAUAUUAAUCCCACUGGAUACUAAGCUCUCCAAGGGAUGAUCUGUAGUUAUUACUAUAGCAUUAUUUCCCAUUGGCUCACUCCCAUGCCUCUAUUGAACAGAAGUAAGAUGCUAGUAAAUGGUAAUUAGCAAGUGAGGUUUGCUGGGGAAAGUGUUAAGAAAUGGUAAUUUGCUAAAGGGAUGAGUAAAAUUCAUCCAUUGAUCUAGUUCUUAUUGAGGAUAAUGGUGUUUUUAAGACCAGCCUGUACCACACGGUACUACGCCUGAGCAAGUUAUGCAGAUGGCAAACUGCAAUUGCAUAUUUCUGUUAUACAGCUAAAGUUUUCUCUGCCUUCAUCAACUGAAUGUUUGAUUGUAAAUCAUAAGUGUCCAUGAUUUACAUUGUACACUAUACAAAAAACUGCAUGGGAUAAAUUGCUUUAUAAAUAAUAUGAAUUUCAACACUGAAAAGGGAAAAUAACUGAAGCAAUAUGCAUUUGAGAGCUGUAAAUGGGAAUUUCUGAAUCCUCUCUAGCUUUGGAUCUUAUGUUCACAAUCACUCUUCAGUCUGUCUUUAUGCUGGCUGCUCUAAUGUUGUCUGAAACCCAAGUAUAGAUGAGAGAGAACCUGAACUAACACAACUGGAAUAAAAGUGAAAGUAUACUUGCACACACUAUUGAAUUCCAAGUACAUACAGCAUAUAAUGUAAAAUGUCUAUAGGAUACAUGCAAAAUACUAUCCAUUAGUGAAGUAAUAUUUUUCCUUAAGUGGCAUUUUGACCGUAAUCUUUAAAAAGACUCAAAUGCAACAAUGAUUUUUCCAAAUAAGUGCUUCAGGAUUCUGUCACUUCAGAGAGAAUGUAAUGCAAAUGCAGCUUGCUAGUCUGUUACCUCUUUGGCCUUUCUUCCCCUUCCGCACUUUGUACACCUACCAUAAUUAGCUACUUAGCUUAUUUCUGGUGCUGGCCAUUAAUUUCUUCACUAGAAUUUGUACUAUGCUGCCAGUUACUGAAGGUAAAUGUCCAGGCAUCAGAAUGGCAUUUCCAUUCUCUCAUCAGAAAUAGCUUAGCUUUAGUCCUUUCAUGACUGGUAUUGACAUUGUAGAUGCUAUGAAGUGCAAUAGAAAAUUGGAAAGUUGGUACCUUUUGAUCUACAUUAUCUUUUUAAUAUCACAGAUAUGCCUUUUUUGUGAAGGCAUAUAGAGGCCUAACAUCCAGAACAUUUGCACUAUACAUUUACGUACUAUACAUUACGUAUUUAUGUAGACCAACCUUUUCCUCAGUAUACAUCCAGUUAGAUGGUACUGUAGCUGGCUUUGAAACUGUAACUUAGUCUUCAUUACAACUUAAUUUGCAGGUUCUUUUAAACCAAGUGUAUCAGAACACGGUUCACCUACCUUAUUGGAAUGCAAUGUUUGCCACUGGAUAUUUAGCAGCCAUCCCCAAUCAGUCUCAUUUUGCUCCCCACCUAAUUGGAUGUUUAAUGUUAACACUGAAAAUGGACUUGGUUGUGGAAAAAGGCCUGCUGCAGCACUUGUGCACUGUUUGUUACUUGCAGAUGUAAUUAUUUUGUUCUGUGAUUGAUUUUUUUUUUUUGGUUCUUAGAAGAUGUAUAUAUUUUCUAAUUGAUUUAUUUGUGUACAUAAAGGUAUGUUCUUUAAGUAAUGAAGAAAAGCAAUGCAAUAAGGAGCUUUGCACAGUUUGUUUUAAACUAAAAACCUGUAUUUGGGAAAACUUUUCACCUGCCUAAAGAUGCAGUUUAAACUUUUCAGUAUACUUGAUUUGAAAAUACGAUUGAAUUUUGAUAAUGCUGUUGAGAUGUGUAAUAAUGGAAUAGGAUUAUUUGCCACUAUAGCUUUUUAAUUUUCUGACAGCAUACCAAAUAUCUUAAUUAGCUAUUAAGGAAGGUUUUCAUAAUUAAAUUCAGGGAUUGCAUACCAGAUUUUGCCAUCUUGAUUGUAUUGUUCAGGGGUACAUGUAACAUGAUGCAUUGAGAUUUCCCUAUUCUCCAUCAAAACAGAGAGCUGUUCUUUUCCCCCCAACAGGUUUAAAAAAUGAAAAUGCUGCAAUAAUUUAGAAGUCUGCAACUUUCACUUUACAUGCAGCAAAUAAGAGAAACUAGGAAGACUGCAACCUGGUUUGGAAUUUUGUGCAACCUGCACUUUACAGUAAAACAAAAUAUUUUGCAUCUUCAAUCAGUAAUAGUCAAAAUGUAUCAUUUAGUAAAGAAUUUCAUUUUGAAAGGUACUUUAUAAUGGCUUCUAUUUUUGAAUGUUUUAAAUACUAGAACAAUAUGUAAAGAACUAUUGAGACACUCUCUGUAUAUCAUGUUUGUUUUUAUGUACGAUUAUCAAUUUUUGUUUAGGUAAGUGUAUCAAACUGGAACUUUUUUGAACUGUAAAUAUGGUUUUAUUAAAUAGUCAUGUAAAGUUA